GCAGGCAUAUAUUCCAUCAUAUUCCAUGGAGUGUUUAGGUGUAUGGAAGACCAGACUUUCCCGGGCCUUGCCGAAGCCGUGCCAGUUGGGUCCAAGUCUAGUUGGUGCGACCGACAGAAGCUGCACAGCCAUGGACAUGCCAUCACAUUUGCCGAAGAUGGAUGGAAUGCUCGGCAAGCCAUUGCACCUCCACGCAGAAGAAGCUUCUGACCGAGCUGAGUUGGUCAGUGCAACCUUGGGUGAUUUGCCUUUGUCUCUUGACCUUGACAACGAUCCUGGAACAAUGACAUGGUCUGUGGGGGAUGUGGAUCUGAGAUCUCUCAAGGGAUCGCUACAGAAGCGCAGGGGUCAAUUUCGCCGCAAUAGUGAACCGCUCGAACUCGAACACUUGAAGGAGACCACCAGCAGCUCGAGAGACAGUCCGUCGCUGGUGGACGAGCUUCUUUCGGACGUCCCGGAUCCUGAGAGUCGGCGCCAUGAAGUCCCGGUGGGACAGCCCCUUUCGAUGGAUCCCCAUGUCUGACAGCCCGUUUCGAUGGGGCACCUCUUGGGACCCCAUGGUGAAGAGGGC